GCAAUUUCUCUAUAAUUUCAACAGAAAUCCCAGUGCAGGAGACAGAAGAGACGCCAGAGGCAGUGAAAUGAAAGAAAUUUUGGUCAUAUCAAUCGCCCUUAUGGCACUUUUCGCUGUGGAAGCGGACGCCGAGGGAAAGCUGAAGAUUGGCAUAAAGAAACGCGUGGAAAACUGCUCUAUGAAGACCAAGAAAGGUGACCUCGUGCACAUGCACUACACCGGAACCCUGGAGGACGGUACCGUGUUCGACAGCAGCUUAGACAGAGGCCAGCACUUCACGUUCACGCUGGGCUCCGGACAGGUCAUCAAGGGCUGGGAUCAGGGAUUGCUGGGCAUGUGUGAGGGUGAGAAGAGACGCCUCGUCAUUCCACCUGAAUUGGGAUAUGGCAAGCGCGCCAUGGGCGACAAGAUUCCUGCCUCUUCCACACUCAUCUUCGAAGUGGAGCUGCACAAGAUUGAGCGCAAGCAAGAGCUUUAGAGAGAGAAGGAGAGAAUAAAGAGAGAUCGUGACACACGUUGGCAAUCUCUGU